AAGCGAUCACUGGAUAGAGUAUAUAAGGCCCUCGAUCGGCUGGAAUUGGACAUUAUCGCUCCAGAGCUUUAGACACAACCAACCCAGCAAAAUGUUCAAGUUUUUGGUUAUUGCCGCCCUCAUCGCCUGCUCCGCGGCCAAGCCCGGUCUGGUGGCUCCCUUCAGUCUGCCUGUGGGCGGCGUUCCUCUGGCCACCGCUCCCGUGGUCACGGCUCCCCUGUCCGCCGCCGGCGGCAGCAGCCAGGUGGAUGUCCGCAACAACUACGACGGCACCCUCUCCUCCUACACGACGGCUCCGUUCGAGUACGCCGGACCCGUCUCCAGCCGCUACGUGUCGGGUGUGCCGGCUGCCCCCGCUCUGGUGUCCGCCAGGUACGCUGCUGCUGCUCCCCUGACUGCCGCCGCUUACUCCGCUCCCCUGACUGCCGCUGCGUACUCCGCUCCCCUGACGGCCGCUGCAUACUCCACGCCUUAUGCCACUCCCCUGGGAGCUGCCGCUGCCUACUCUGCCUACCCCUACGCCUCUCCCUACGCCUCUCCCUACGCCACCCCCUACGCCAGUCCCUACCUGGCAUCGCCCUACGCCGCUCCCUAUGCUGCUCCCCAAGUCGUGGUCUAAACUCGAACUAAAUCAUAGCCAAUUCAAGUACUAACUUUUUGAUUAAAUGCGAAACU